AUGGUGCCUACCGUGGCCUCUUCCAGGACACAAUUGUCCUACCCGCUCUACGCUGCCGACUUUGACCCUCUCAAUCCAGACUUUCUGCUCGUUGGCGGAGGCGGGGGCUCGUCAUCGACUGGCGUCCCUAACAAAAUCUCCCUGCUCGAUACUUCGCAACGCAAUCAGUUAAAGGAGGUCCUUGACAUUCAACUAGCCAGCGAUGAAGACUCAGUCACGAGUCUGGCCGUGGCGGACUCGUCUGCAGCAUCGCUCACUGCCUUUGCCGGCAUCAACAGUUCUGUCGCCGACCAGAACGCGGGAAAAAAUGAACAUCUGAGGUCGUUCAAGAUCGGGCUGCCAGCAAGGAAAAGGAGGGCUGAUGGGAGUGCCGUUGAUGAAGAUGGGGAGAAGCUGUCGGCUUCAGCACCGGCCUCGCAGCCACUGGGCCGAGCUGCGUUGUUCAAAUCUGCGACGACCACCAAGAACGAAACAUAUCAACGAGUUUUGCGAUUUUCGCCGACCACAAAAAGUGGUCAAUCUCGACUCGCAGCCAUCGCGUCUGGACUUGCCCCGACUAACGAAGUCGUUGUGUUCCGCCCGAACCCAGAGCCCGGGCCGGACGAUGUGGUUUCGCGCAUCGAGCUUGGUGCUCGCGAGGCAGGGGAUGUGGAUUUGGCGAUUGACGGUGGCGAGAAGGGUGGCUACCUGCUCGCUUACUGCACCGACGACGAAGUAUUUCUCCAGCAGAUUCCGACAUCCUCCAAGCCUGAUGCGCCAACAUCUCUCUUUCGAGCUGCUGAGAUAUCAACCUCACUGCCUCCUUCUCAGAGACCCAAGUUUCGGGCUUUGCGCUUUCUCACCCCUCGUCUUCUGCUUCUUCUCCGGAACCGCCCAUCGCGAACUGGCGCAGACAUAUUGGUCCUUCGAGUUAGCCAAGAUUGUUCGCAAGCCCGCAUAACCCUACGCAAACAACUCAAUAGGUCAAUACGAGCGGCGGUCGGGCUGGAUGUAUGCAGCCUGACCGAAUCAGAGCAAGGCGAGAGACAGUUCGUGAUUGCGGUGGCGGGACAGUCUGGAGAGGACAGUUCGAUUGAGGUGUUGGCGCUCGACUACUCGAGAGAGGCAGGGCUGGGAGUUUUCAGAUCAUACGCCUUCAUCAAAGCCGUUCAUAAUGGGCCCCUUACCCGCCUUGUCUUGUCCAGCUUUACUGGACCAGCUCUUCCGGUCACGAACACAGUUGGACCCCAGUCUCUCCGCCUGGCCUCUGUAGGCGUCGACAAAUUUGUCGUCGUCCAUUACCUCCCUCUCCGUCCUUUCCCGCCCACCUCAUCCAAGACCCCUCGGUACGUGCUCGUUCCUCCAGGACGCUCCGAGACGGUGCAAACAUCAUUCAGUGUGUUCUUCGCGCUUGUGGUCGUUGGCAUUGUGGCAUUCCUGAUGCAAGCAUUCUGCGAGAUCCGUGGCGCCGUGCCACCCGUCCUCGGAGCCCCGAACUGGCUAUCACCGCGUAUGCGCGAACUUGUCGCCCGACCCUAUGUCUUCGCCGACCGAAUGAGUUCCGCCGUGUCAGAUAUUCCUGUGGCGGCGCACAGCGCGACGGAAAAGCUCAAAGACUCUGCGGACGAAAUCACCUCUACCCUGUCGUCUGUAUUGUCGUCGCAAACCGACUCACUGAAGAACCUUGUCGAGGAAAACUCCAAUCUGGAAACUCCAAAAGCCAUCAUUGUGCGGGAGGAGUCCCUGGGUGAAAUCUCCACCGAGAUUCUACAUUCGGACGCCGAGAUCGUGAAACAGGAGACGUUGAAGAAGUGGGAAGAACUCAGUGAGGCGCAGAAGAAGGGCUGGAAGCGCAGACUGGUCGACGCGGGUCAUUGGGCCGAGCACCAGGGCGAGAACGUGCUGAAGGGCAUCUUGUUCUCAGAGCUCGCCGGAGCCGUGGGGAAUAUGGUUGCCGGAGUUUGA